GGAGAGAGAGAGAUCCCGAGCUCCCGACCCGAGCGACACGCUCGCGCUCCUUGCCAAUCUUGGGCCUCCCGAGUUUUGCUGCCAUUGCCGCUCGCUGCUGCUCUCGAGUGCGCGCGUGCGUGCGUGCGUGUUGCGCCGGGGGGAAUGGGGAUAGUGAGAGCCGCGGAGGAUGUGGAGGGCGCGGUGGUGGCCGGAGCCGCGGGCGGCGGCGGCGGAGGCGGAGGCGGCGAGGUGACGGCGCCGCUGCUCCUCCGGCAGCACAAGCAGGGGCGGGGCGAUGAGGAGAAGAUCCAGAAUGAUGCGGGCGGCGAUGGCGGGGGUCGGCGCGGAGGAGGAGGAGGAGGGUCCAUGUCGAUGCUGAUGCUCUCCACCGCCGUCGCCGUGUGCGGCUCCUUCGAGUUCGGCACCUGCGUGGGUUAUUCUGCACCCACUCAGUCAGGGAUUGUGGAUGAAGUUGGACUGUCCAUUUCGCAGUUUGCACUAUUCGGAUCUGUACUGACGAUUGGGGCAAUGAUUGGUGCUGUCACUAGUGGUCGCUUAGCAGAUUUUCUUGGACGUAAAAUGACAAUGCGGAUAUCAGCUACUAUUUGCAUUUUUGGAUGGCUUUCUUUGCAUUUGGCUAAGGGUGUUAUCAUGCUCUACUUUGGAAGGAUAUUGUUGGGCUUUAGUACUGGGAUUCUUUCUUAUGUGGUGCCUGUGUUCAUCGCUGAAAUAGCACCAAAGAAUCUCAGGGGAGGCCUUGCAACUUCAAACCAGUUGCUGAUCUGUUCUGGGAGUUCAGCUACAUACAUAAUUGGCGCCCUGGUUGCAUGGCGUAAUCUUGUGUUAGUAGGUAUAGUACCAUGUGUUUUGCUAUUAACAGGACUUCUCUUCAUUCCAGAGUCACCAAGAUGGCUGGCUAACGUUGGAAGGGAGAAAGAAUUUCAUGCCUCAUUGCAAAUGCUACGGGGAGAGGAUGCUGACGUUUCUGAAGAGGCCGUCGAGAUUAAAGAGUAUAUUGAAUCACUCCAUAGGUUCCCAAAGGCCAGGGUUCAAGAUUUGUUUCUCAGAAAAAAUAUAUACGCUGUCACUGUGGGUGUUGGCUUGAUGAUAUUUCAGCAAUUAGGAGGGAUAAAUGGUGUAGGCUUUUAUGCAAGCUCUAUCUUCACUUCUGCAGGUUUCUCUGGAAAACUUGGAACCAUCUUGAUUGGCAUUAUUCAGAUUCCUAUUACAUUGUUCGGAGCCAUUCUAAUGGAUAAGAGUGGAAGACGGGUUCUUCUAAUGGUCUCGGCAUCCGGAACAUUUUUGGGCUGCUUUCUGACAGGAAUAUCCUUCUACCUAAAGGCACAAGGGCUAUUCUCAGAAUGGGUUCCUGAAUUGGCUCUUACCGGUAUACUGGUUUAUAUUGGAGCAUACUCGAUUGGAAUGGGCCCUGUCCCUUGGGUUGUCAUGUCUGAGAUAUUCUCGAUUGACAUGAAAGCAAUCGGUGGAAGCUUGGUGACACUAGUUAGUUGGUUAGGUUCCUUCGCGAUUUCUUACUCGUUCAGCUUCCUCAUGGACUGGAGUUCUGCAGGGACCUUCUUCAUGUUCUCCGCGGCGAGCUUGAUCACCAUCCUGUUCGUGGUGAUGGUCGUGCCUGAAACCAAAGGGAGGACGCUCGAGGAGAUUCAGGACUCGCUCAUCGACUCCAGAUCAAGAUUGAGGGAUCCAUAGACCAUAGAGAUAUGAUCCACUUGCUCCACUCUUUCUACCUGAGCCGCCGUCAAAUUCGACGCACCUCUCUCUCUCACUCUCUCUGUCUCUUUAGCCUCCUGAUCUUUCUCUCUCCGGUUCUUGGCAGUUUUGCCGUAGUGUACUCAAUACCUAGCUAGGCUAAGUCCCGGGCUACUACGCAUGCAAGCUAUGUAUACCAUGUCACUCUGAAUUGUAUUGAGCAAUAUAUAUAUGGGACACACACACAUAUGUGUGUUCUGAGGCUUUACGCUGUUUUGUCGUGAGUA